AACAUAACCUUAUUCAGAAAUCUUGAAUUGUUUUGAGUGAUAAUGUUCUCUGUGUUUUGUAAAUUCAAGGAUUAAAUUCAAAAGCAAUGUAAAUAUACUUGAAUAAUUUUUCAAAAACUAGAGUGAAUAGUAAACAAUUUGUGAGUUGUAAACUGCAAUAUUUUAUAAUAUGGAUUCAGAUUUGGAAGCAGAUGGUAUACUACCAUAUCUUGAAAGCUUGAAGAUAUCUGCUUUCACCAAAGUGAAGUUAAUUAAAGGUCAGACUCAAAAUGUUACCAUAGGACCUAAUGCUUCAUUCCUUGAUAAUGAAGUUACAUCCUGUUCAGAAAUCAGGCAAGUAAAAGAAGUAGAAAAUUCAAAUCAAUUGAAAUGCAAUAAUCCAAAUAACAAUUCUGAGGCAAUUGAGAGAAACGAGAUGGUUCCAUUGAUACCUUUUCGACAAGUUCUCAAAGAAUAUGAAAUUUUACGACAACGAAAAGUUCAAGAAGCUCUUCAUAGUCACUCAUUAAAAUUUGAAUUGUUUUCUGCCAAACAAAGUGUUAUCAGAAAACAAAAUUGGAUACGCCAACAACAAAAGAAUGAAGAAAAAGUACUUCUUUAUGAAAAAGAAGUAAUGAUUGCUCUGAAAAAAUAUGAUGAGGAAAAAAUCAAUGAACAGAAAAGAAUAGAUCAAUAUGAACAAGAAUUAGAAGAUGAAAGAAAAAAAGUAGCUGCUGCACUGGAAGCAAAAAAAAAGGAGAAUGAGUUGUUGAACCAAUGCUUCGAUAAUCAAAGUGAAUUCCAAUCAACAUUUCAAGAGAUAAUGAUGAAUAUAAAAUCUUGUGAAGGUGAUGAAUUGAUAGUAGAAUUGUCUGAAAGCUGGAAACAUUGUAAAGAUUUGAAUGAUCUAAUGAUGGCUUUGAUGGAGAAAUGCAAGGAAAGUAUAUCUGAACACGAAAGAGAUAUGACUGAAAUGGUUCUAAACAGGAUGAAAGAUUUAAAAAAUAAAAUACAUCAAGUAAUUGAGAGUUAUCAACAAAAAAAGCAAGAACAAGCGAAGAUAGAAACUGAAAUUAAUAACUCACCUAAUAUUGGAAGUGAUGAAAAAUCUGCAACAUGUGAAGAAAACAAGUGUUCAGAUUCCCCUCUAGAAGAAUAUAUUGGUAAAUCACAGUUGGAAGUAUACACUUCAAUAAUAGACUAUUAUCAAAAAUAUAUUGCUUCCUUCAGAGAGUUAUCACACCAUGAAAAUUUCAAGCAAUUCCGUUUUGACCUGAAAAAAGCUGUUAAUUUGUCAGUUAAUACAAUUUCAGCAGCUAACUCUGAUCAUCUUCAUGAUAAAUAUAUGAAACUGUCUAACCUCCUUCAUGGAAAAAAUGUUAUUAUAGGUGACCUUCAAAUCACAGCCUCAAAGCAUCCAGAAGGUAUAAAAUAUUGUAUAGAUUUAUUAGCGAAAAAAUUUGUAUUGCAAGGAGAUUUAAUGGUGUCAGGUAAUCCAGAAUCAGCAUUUUCAUUUGCAACUAUUAUUGUCUCAAUAUGGAAUGAAAGCCCCGAAUUUGGAAAUAUUUUACUUGCAUACUUUUUCAAGGAAUGUACUUAUUUAGUGCCAUUUUAUCCCCCAAGACUUGUUGAUCAAACGGAUCAGGAGUAUUACGAGAGUCAAGGAUAUAGGUAUGCAGAUGGUAAAGUUGAAGAUCAAGAUAAAUUUUUAAAAAGAAUGACGGGAACGAUGAGGCUAUACUUCGCUAUUCUGUUAUCUUCACCUAAUAAAAGUCAAAAUCAACAUCCAUAUUUUAUUAGUCAUGCUUGGAUUUGGAUUGUUUCUGUUUUAAAAUUGAAGCCCAGGGUAGACAUAACAGCUACUAUGUUCCAUACAUUUUUCGAAACAGUUGGUUUUCAAAUGCUUAAUUUAUACCAGAAGCAGUUUUCAAAAUUAUUGAAAUAUUUUAUAGAAGACUAUUUUCCUUCAAUGAAAAAAAUUGAUAGUGGUGGACCUGUUGCUCGAUUAGAUUGUUUGAUACAAGAAUUCAAGAAUAAUGGGAACAGAUUUAGUGCGCCAAAGGGACUUUUAUCUUGUAAUUAUUGGUGAAAUUGUGAAAGUACUUACCAUUGUAAAAAUAUUAAUCAUUUAUUUGUCAGAUGUGCAAAAAUUUAGAUUUAAAUUUUGAUGUGUAUUUUAUAUUUUCAACAACCAAUAUUUAUUAAUUUUUAUUGUUAUUAUAUGAGAUAUUCAUAAUUUAAAUUCUUCCAUAUAAUUAAAUACAACAUACAAUAAUUUCCUACAACAGAAACAAAAAUAGAAAAACCUCAUACAUUUUUUAUGUUUAAUACUAUUUAUAUUGUACAAACUAAAAUCCAAUUCUUAUGAAAUUUAUGACUAUAAUAAACUGUUCCACCUCA